AUGUUUGAGUGUUCGAGGGGCCGGUCAUGCUGCACAUGCAGUGACGUGGCUCUGCGAAUCAUGCACCUGACUGCUUGGGCUGCUUAUAAAUCGCCGUUGCCGAUGUUGUUGUCAAAUAUCAGAAUGAAGACGUUGCUGAUUUUCUGUCUCGGUGUUGCUGUUGUCGGUGCUGACGUUGCCUCGCACAUUGUCGGAGGCUCGGAGGCAGGGCCUAACACGUGGAAAUGGCAGGGUUCGCUCAGGAAGCUCCGAUCGUCAGGGGAGAUAACUCACACCUGUGGCUGCUCUCUGCUGAACUCCCGGUGGGCGUUGACUGCCGCCCAUUGCGUGGAUGACUCCAGCUUGGGCGUCGGUGACUACGAGGUGGUGUUUGGAGCUCACAGUCUCGCUAGCAACACCGGCUUUGACCAGACAGUUGGAGUCACCAGGUUCGUCAUCCACCCGGGGUGGAAUCCCAACCAGUCUGGUUUCCCCAACGACAUCGCACUGAUCCAGUUCAACACCGACGUCGUCAUGAACUCUGCCAUCCAGCCCGCCAACCUCAUCGACAACAACGACGACUUCGCCGGGGAGAGCAACUGCUUCAUCACAGGAUGGGGAAAAACCAAUGGAAUUAACGCUGGCUUGCCUGACAAACUGCAAGAGGCUCCCACCAACGUCAUCUCGUACAGUGAUUGCCGCAGUCGCAUCGGCAGUGCUGUCAGAUCCGACCACAUCUGUGCCUUCGACUUCAAUGGCGUGACUGGAGGUUGUAACGGAGACAGCGGGGGACCCCUUGUAUGUCAAAAGAGCGGAAGUAACCAGUUCACCCUUUUGGGUGCUGCAUCAUGGGUGAUCACUGGUUGCGUCACUUCCUACCCGACGGUGUAUGCACGCGCUUCCAGCUAUCGUGACUGGAUCAGAAGCGAAUCUGGAAUUUAAAUCACUGCAAUGUGAAGGAAAUAAAAUACAACGUUUAA